AUGUUCUACCACGUGAACUCUAAGCGUUUACUUAUGGUCGUGCUGACAAAUCUACUCCUCAUCACAAAUGAACACUUCGGCCAUGCAGCUCUUACCGGGCAAUGCAACGAGUGUUUUGCGAGUGAGGCGGCUUGUCUGGACGAGCAGAACUUUGCUAUUUGUGUGGACGGUACGCAAAUUAAUGUGUCUACGCCCUGUCCUACAGGCAUGGUUUGCACAGCUAACGCGGCUAUAUGUCAGGCCACCGCCCAGGGCGCUCUGCCCGUUUGCUAUGAGGAGCAGUGUGGAACAUGCGCAUCUGCGCAGAAGAAUUUCGCCUGUCUCGACGAAGCCAUCUAUGCCAUUUGCUAUAAUGGCCAGACACCAGAUCCGAGUUCCAUUGAUUACUGUCCCUUGGGAUAUGUAUGUGAUUUGACUAACCCUCAAAUUUGUUCGUCUGCGCAAACCGUAAAUCCAUCGUGCACAAUUGACGAUACAACAACCGAUGCAACAACAACGGAUACUACAAGCGACUCAACAACUGAAACAACAACUGAUUCGACUACAGAUACAACAACUGAUACGACAGCCGACUCUACAACCGAUACAACAACUGAUUCAACUACAGAUACAACAACUGCUACAACCACAGAUACUACAACCGAUACAACAACUGAAUCAACAACUGAGUCAACUACAGAUACAACAACUGAUACGACAACCGACUCUACAACUGAUACAACUACUGCUACAACCACAGAUACUACAACCGAUGCAACAACUGAUACGACAACGGACUCAACAACCGAUACAACAACUGACUCCACAACCGAUAAAACAACGGAAACAUCAACUGCUACAACAACGGGUACUACAACAACGGAUACUACAACCCAUACUACAACUGAUACAACAACCGAAUCAACAACCGAAUCAACAACCAGGACAACAACCGUUUCAACAACAGUUUCAACUCAGGCCCCUGUAGAUGCCAACACAUUUUGUGCUGAAAAGGCCCAAACAGGCAAAUUUAGACAAGAGGGUGACACAACAUGUGCCAGAUAUAUUUACUGCUACCGGCUUUCUGGUCAAUACUUAGGCUAUCAGUACACCUGCCAAUACUAUUUUAAUGCUGCCACUCAAGCAUGUCAAACGGUACGUCCGGAUGAUUGCUAA